UAAAUGAUAUGCGGCUUCUUUAGCUAAAGAAUUUUUCUUUUCGAUUUCGCAUAAAAGAUAAUUGAUAAUUGUUUCUGUUUCAUGAAGUAGUUGUGUAAGACUUUGACUACGUGGAUAAAUAUGACGAUAAAGUAAAGAAAAAUCAUGUGUUGAAUUUCUUUCUUUCCAAUAUUUAAGAACUGAUAAAAAAUACGUUGCUUGCAAAUCUUCCUGUAUUUGUUUACAAAACGUAAUCUCCUUGGAAGUUUUAUUCACACACUCUAUAUUAUUAAAUCGACCUUUUUUCAAUAACUCAUUACCAACAUGAACCACUUGAACUUUGUCAUUGUUUACCAAAAUGUUACAUAAAGAAUCAUCUUUUCCACUAUUCCAUAAAGCACUGUCAUACUGACCUUCCUUGGAAAGUUCUCCAAGAAAUAGGUCAUUAUAUAAUGGAUUGAUGCUAACUUCGUUGACUCUAUCUCUGAAUGACAAAUACCUUAGCUUCUUUCUGUCACCAUCUUCAAUUAUUGUCUUUGUUGAUGGUUCCAUUUGUAUUGGUGAAACUAGCAAGGCUUCUUUGUGCCUACAAACAACUGAGCAACAGUCCUCAUUACCACUUAUUACACUAUCCCAAACACCAAUAUGCCUGAUGCUAAAACGGCUUCUACAAUAAAAAAUAUACAAAACAAACAUAUUUAUCUUUAUCCAUGGGAAACUGUUGUGGCCGUUUUUUGGAACAAAUACCCAAAUCCAUUUCAACCUCAUGUUAUUCGCGUAGACACCAUCGCGAGGCGAAUUAAUGUAGAAGAACAAGUAUACCAGAGCAUACGCCUUUUAAGUCUUAGAUACAAUCUUCCUUCUUGGGCUAAGGUCUUUUGUAAUUCUUCCAUUAUCAAUGCCUUUGCCUUAGAAAAAUCAACAUGUAGUCUUAAAGAUAAAAAGCUUACUUUAAAAUCUCAAAAUAUUACUUUGUCAAACAUUCUUUUUGUAAACGAGACAUGUCAAUAUACAUCGGAAGACUCGUAUAGAAAUCCUAUAACAUCGUAUACACAAAAUACUUCUUUUAAAAUUUUUGGUCUUGGCUACUUAUCUUCGACAUUUGAGCGUUUUCUAUGUAUGACAUUCAAAACAAAAAGUGAAGUUGGAAGGAAAGUUAUUUUAGAUAAAAUAAAAUUCUACGAAGACCAAAAGUCAACAUUUAAUUCCCAUCAUGCCAACGAAACUGGUCAAUGUGCCAAAUAA